AUGCGGCGCCCAGGGGCGGCGGGGCCCGGCGGCCGCCUCCUCCUCCUCCUCCUCCCGCGGGGGGCUCUGCUGCUGCUCGGUGUCUGCAAUGCCCUCUCCCUGGAAAUUAAAGUCAAUCCUAAAGUCCGAGCUUUUGUGGGCGAGCAAGCGCUGCUGAAAUGCUCCUUCAGAUCCAGCUCCCCCAUCACCGAGAGCCUGCUGGUGGACUGGACCUACCGGCCCCUCGCUGGGGGCCAGAUGGAGACAAUUUUCCACUAUCGCUCCGUCCCACACCCCACAACAGCGGGGAGGUUCAAGGACAGGAUCAUCUGGGUUGGGAACGUCGCCAACGGCGACGCCUCCAUCGCCAUCCAAAGCCCGGAGCUCAGUGACAACGGGACAUUCAUCUGCAGCGUGAAGAACCCUCCAGAUGUUUAUCACAACAUCCCCCAGACCGUGCUGCUGGUGACAGAGCGGGGCCUGGCCUUCCAGCUGAGCUCAGCAGCUCUGCUCUCCAUCCUGGUGUUCCUCCCUUCUGCCCUUGUGGUCGUCCUGCUGCUGGUGAGGAUGGGGAGGAAAUUCCGGCUGCUGAAGGAGAAAGGAAAAUAUGGCUACAAGAAAUCCUCCAUUGAAGUGUCUGAUGAGCCUGAGCACCCAGACAGGGCUGGCUGCGGGGGGAAGCUCAAGGAGUGGUGCAUGAACUGCGUGGACACGGAUGAGGAAGAUCCCUACUGA